CAUAUAUACAUCCAUGCUUUCUGUAGGAGCGCCGAGCAUCCUCCAGGUCGUGGUCCACUCCCUCCCCAGUGGUGUAAAACACUUACUCUCCAGCUAAACAAUGGCACCCAAGAAGGACGUUAAGAAGCCAGAGCCUGCAAAGAAGGCCGAGCCCGCACCUGCACCUGCACCUGCCCCUGCCCCUGCCGCAGAACCCGAGGCCAAACCCAAAGAAGCACCAGUCGAUCUGUCUUCAGUCAAGGUUCAGUUCACCCCAGACCAGCUGGAGGACUACAGGGAAGCCUUUGGCCUUUUCGACAGAGUCGGCGACAAUAAGGUCGCCUACAACCAGAUCGCUGACAUCAUGCGCGCUCUGGGCCAAAACCCCACCAACAAGGAAGUGAACAAGAUCCUGGGCAACCCCAGUGCUGAGGAGCUGGCCAAUAAGAGAGUGGAGUUCGAGACUUUCCUGCCCAUGCUUCAGUUUAUUGUGAACAGCCCCAACAAGGGUACCUUUGAGGACUACGUUGAAGGUCUGCGUGUCUUCGAUAAGGAGGGUAACGGCACAGUGAUGGGCGCUGAGCUGCGCAUUGUCCUCUCAACACUGGGUGAGAGAAUGACGGAGGCUGAGGUCGACGCUCUCAUGGCUGGCCAGGAGGACGAGAACGGCUGCGUCAACUAUGAGGCUUUCGUGAAACACAUCAUGUCCGUGUAAGAAGUAACAGUUGUGAGGAAGCUCGUCUAUUUCUCCCGACCCCAUGGUGUCAGGACGUCCAUGCACUGUUUCCACCACCAACAGGGAAACAAAUUUAGAUGAAAGGACUAUGGGAUGUCAUUUUUAAGCCAUUCUUUUUGUCUAUGUUUUUUCCCUUCUUUUUGUGUCCACAUUUGGAAGCCUUUUUUUUGUGUUGCUCGUGCCAGCGAGUCUCUCCACAGUGGGGCAGUAACGAGGCAUAAAACGGGGUGCUCUCUUUGACAGUGUACCCCAGACACAUACAUGCAUACUCACACACACACUCACACACUCACUCUCUCUCACAUACACACACACACAGACACACACACAAACUCCCUCCUUGUCGUCCGAAGGUGCUAAUGUACACCGCCUCCACUGUGGACUGGUCGCUGAACCGCCCUCCUCUCCCCUUUGCCCCAGAGUCUUAAUUUAUUUUUUGCCUCUGUCAUUUCUCAUAAUAAACUUUUCACAAAUUCCA